AUGGCAAGUGUUCAAGAAACUUUGUGUAGGUUUUGCCUUAAAACUAUAACCGAUAAACGUUUCAAAGUGAUAGACAACGACAUUAAAGAUAUUCAAAAUUUUCUUUUGCUGAAACUGAAAUUAGAUGAUGAGAGCGAGGUUAUAUGUCUUGCUUGCAAAAGAAAAUUAUAUGCAGCACUGCAAUUCAAGGCAAUAUGUCUGAAUGCCGAUUACAGCAUUAUUCCAUAUUUGAAUUGCAACAAAGCGCUGCAGCUUGACGUAAGUCAGGAAAUAUGUCGAUUGUGUAUGAUCCCAGUAGAAAAUGAGUUUAGGUGCAUACGUGAAGAUGAACUCGAAGCUAUUCAGAAAUUGAUUCCUGAGAUGAAUAUAUAUAUAUUCAAAGAUCCUGUUCUAUGUAAGGAAUGUUUUGAUUCUCUGUGCACCCACAACAGUUUUCUAAGAGAAGUAGAAGAAAAAUGUGAAGGCCUUUUUGAGAGUCAAGCCACAGAAAGCCAAAUAGAUACGACACCAUCUGAUUUAUGCGUGAAGUCUGUAAACCCCGAUGAAGAAUUUGAUAUUAACGAGAUGGAAAUGUCGAUUCAAUCUGAAAGUGUGGACACAAAAUCUGAAGAUAAGGAAAGAAGGUUACUGCAGAACUCCGAUAAUGAACCAUUCGAGAAGAGUGACUGUAGAGAUGCAAAAGAAGAUGGAUAUAAACACGAGAAUAGAUCAGGGAUCAAAUAUAAGAUCAAAACCAAGCAGAAACGCAAUGUACUGUACAAAUGUGAUAAAUGUAUUUACGAAACUGGAAGUGAGAUCCAUUUUAAAGCACACUAUGUGAGACACGUGAAAGAUUUGAAAGUGUACAAGUGCGAAAGGUGCAAGUAUGAAACUGAAAAUAAGAAAUUACUUCAAAACCAUCAGUUGAAGCAUAAAGAUACUUCCCAGGUCCGGAUCUACUGGUGUAACGACUGCAAUUUUGAAACUAAAUACAGCAGUGAUAUCAAACGACACCGACGGGAACAUGAAGAUCCUUCAUGGAUUCAAAUGUACAAAUGUAUCGACUGCAAUUAUAAAGCUAAAUAUAAAAGAGCUAUCAAACAGCACCAACUGAAACAUAAAGUUCCUUCACAGAAUCAUGACGCGUUACGAUCCGAAAUCAAGCAACCUGAUUGGUUUCCAUCGGAUUGUAAUGCGUUAUGA